UCAAAGCAGGGCAACGUGCCAGGGAUUUCUGGUAAAGCUGAUCAAUAAAGGCAAAUAUAGAAGAUAAUAAGAGUUACUUAUCGCUCUAGCAACUUACAAAACUUCAGUUGUGCCAAAUAAGACUCUCUGGAAACACUGCUGAGUGAGUACCAGUGCAACUUUAUUAUUAAAAUGGAACAUCACAUAUUUUACCUGCUGGGAGUGAUUACAGUGACUGGUUUCACUGAUGCAUCAUCUAUGAAAGCCAAAAACCUCGCUCUCUAUGGAAAAGCCACACAGUCAUCCUUGGUUGAAAACCCCUAUGCGGCAUUCAGUCACGCCUACAACGCUAUAGACGGAAAUACUGAAUCAAACUACAACCUUGGUUCUUGCACCGCCACCGAGUUCCAACAAAACCCCUGGUGGAGGGUGGACCUUCUGGACGAGUACACAGUGACCUCCAUCACCAUCUAUAACAGAGGAGACUGCUGUCCAGAGAGGAUCAACGGAGCUGAGAUACUCAUCGGAAACUCUUUAGUCAACAAUGGAAACAGCAACACCAGAGUUGGGGUGAUCUCUAGCAUCCCUGGAGGACAAUCUAUGACAUUAACCUUCGAGAAAGGCUUCUCAGGUCGUUAUGUCAACGUGAUCAUCCCAGGAGAUAAGCGGCUCCUGACUCUCUGUGAGGUCGAGGUCUACGGCUAUCCCACUCCAGAUGGAGAGAAUGUAGCGCUGAAAGGAAGAGCUACACAGUCCAGCCUUUAUGAGCGUGGUUUUCCAUCCAACGCCAUUGAUGGAAACCGAGAUGGUGUGUACAAUCAUGGCUCCUGCUCACACACUGAAAAUGAUCUCAGUCCAUGGUGGAGACUGGACCUGCUGAAACAGCACAAAGUGUUUACCAUUAGUGUCGCUUCCAGGCAGGAGGCUACUUCUGUAAGGCUGAAUGGAGCUGAAAUCAGAAUCGGAGACAGUCUGGACAACAACGGCAACAAUAACCCGAGGUGUGGAGUGAUCAACACUGCCAGCGCAGGUCAGAUCUUUACCUUUGACUGUAAAGGGAUGGAGGGCCGGUACAUCAACAUUGUGAUUCCAGGAAGGAGCGAGUUCCUCACUCUGUGUGAGGUGGAGGUGUACGGAGCUCCUCUGAUCUGAAGAACCUCUCGGCCUUCAUGAUUACAGUGUGAUGAUCAGUUUUAUUUCAUGUAUUGGGGCUGUGCUUGAAGGGGUCACUGGAAUGUGUAAUAAAAACUGUCAUGGGCUAAAUUUAUAGAGCUAAAAAACACGAAAUGUUUAUCUCUUAAAGGACGCCAAUGUGCAUAUCUGAGGGUACAGGAUCGGCCACACUGACCAUUUCCCACAGCAUUUAAAAAUGAAACUAUAUUUGGAUCUUUGAGUAUAUUUUCAUUAGGCUUGGUCUUGGUCAGCGUAUUUUAGGUUAUGUUGAUUACUGUGGUGAUCUUGGUAGUUGGGUUCAGUUACAGUUAUUACUCCAUGCUGGUCUCGGAAUUCAAGUCAGUUCCCCCAAAUGUGAGGCUGUCUUGAUCAUCAUGGUCUUUAUCUGACUUGAUGUUACUUUACUACAUGGUCUGUUAUAAAUCUAAUGAUUUCUCACUGGUUAACCUGGCACAGCUGUGUUUUUAUUCAAGGGUUAUUAUUAAAAGGUGGCCUUUCACUGCUGAUUAUUUAGUUUUCUAUUCCUCGUAAUUACAUUGUAUCGUGAUUUGGUUGAUCACUAUUUCUCUAUUGGGUAAAUAAUACAUUUUGUCAGCUCUGCA